AACGCAGCUGUGAUUUACUAACUGAAGUGGGAUGAGUCUGAGGUCAUGUCCAUUUCAAUGAGACUCGGAUAGACGGGACAGGUAUAGCUGCUGCAGGUUCUUACGGAUAGCAGUGCGGCCAGCGAACCUUCUUGUUUCUCAAACUGUGCUUGUUGUGCAGUACUGGGCAGGAAAGAGCUGAAAGUGGGCUGAACUUGUUACCUGUUAUGGAGAAUGCAAAAGAUAUGCAAACAUGUGGCCGCUGUUCGACGCACCCUUCCGCAAAUCUGGGGAUCGACAGGGAGAGAGCGGGCUCAUCGGCGUGCUCUUCUGAAAGCUUUUUUUUUUUCUUUUUCAGGAGAGAGAUUUAAUGAAGACCUUUAGGAUCCCAGAGGACACAUUUAUCACGUACAUCAUGACCCUGGAAGACCACUACCACGCGGACGUGGCUUAUCACAACAGCCUCCACGCCGCUGAUGUCACGCAGUCCACGCACGUCCUGCUGUCCACGCCCGCACUCGAUGUGAGUACAGAUUUGACUGUCUUCACGGAUCUGGAGGUUCUGGCGGCCCUAUUCGCAGCUGCAAUCCACGAUGUGGAUCACCCAGGGGUCUCCAACCAGUUCCUGAUCAACACCAACUCAGAGCUGGCUCUGAUGUACAACGACGAGUCGGUGCUGGAGAACCAUCACCUGGCCGUGGGCUUCAAGCUGCUGCAGGAGGAGAACUGCGACAUCUUCCAGAACCUGAGCAAGCGGCAGCGACAGAGCCUUCGCAAGAUGGUCAUCGACAUGGUCCUGGCGACAGACAUGUCCAAGCACAUGACCCUGCUGGCUGACCUCAAGACCAUGGUGGAGACCAAGAAGGUGACGAGCUCUGGAGGGCUGCUGCUGGACCACUACACUGACCGGAUGCAGGUGCUGAGGAACAUGGUGCAUUGCGCUGACCUCAGCAACCCCACCAAGCCCCUGGAGCUGUACAGGCAGUGGACAGACCGCAUCAUGGAAGAGUUCUUCAGACAGGGGGAUAAGGAGCGCGAGCGGGGCAUGGAGAUCAGCCCCAUGUGUGACAAGCACACCGCCUCCGUGGAGAAGUCACAGGUUGGGUUUAUCGACUACAUAGUGCACCCCCUCUGGGAGACGUGGGGGGACCUGGUGCACCCAGAUGCGCAGGACAUCCUGGACACUCUGGAGGACAACCGAGACUGGUACCAGAACAUGAUCCCUCAGAGCCCCUCUCCACCGCCUGACGACCCAGACAGAGAGCAUGACGCCUGUCUGGACAAAUUCCAGUUCGAGCUGACCCUGGAGGAGGAAGGGGAGGGAGAGGGACAGAGCCCCCAGGGUCAGGGGGGAGAGCUGCCGUGCACGCCCCAGAGAGGGGAGGGGCAGCUGGGGGAGCAGGAGGAGAGCCAGGGCCCGGCGGUGGUGGUGGUGGUGGUGGGAGAAAACGGACAUUCGGAAGGGAGCCCCGAAGAGGAAGAGGAAGGGGACGAGGAGAAAGAGAACGACACAUCCUCCCCCGCCGAAACAUGAGCCCGGCCUUAUUUAUUUAUUUAUUUUUUUUUAGUGAGUGUUCGGAAGUAGGGGGGGGGCUGUUGGGAUUAUAAAAAAGGGGGUGGGGGGUUGUUUUCCCCUCCGGCCCUCCCUCCCCUGGGACGACUAUUAAAACAAAGAACAAAAAAAAGAAACAUUUUUAAUUUAUUUUUUAAAAAAAAAGGGGAACAAAAUAGCAAUCCUAAAAAAUGUACAAUGACAGCAUUAUUACACAGCAACUGUAGAUUUCGAAUGUGUGUUGGCGCCGCCCUACUGGUAGAAUUGAGUAAGUGAAGACAAGAAGAAAAGUGGAAACCUUUUUUCGGGGGGUGGGGGGGGGGGGUCAUUUGGAACGUAACACUCUGUACAUUCAUAUAUGUAUCGGGGGAAGGGGAUUGGACUGCAACUAUGUGGAGCGCACUUGCUCAGAAAAGAAGAGGUGUUUUUUUUGUUCUUAUUUUUUUCUAGGGGAUAAAGCCAUUUCUAACAUAUUUCCUUUUACUUAAAACAUUCAAAGCAGUACAAAAGCCUCUUCCAUUUCUGUCGGGGGGUGGGCAUCACAUCAAGGGACUGUGUGGAUAAAGACAAGGCACUCCCGCAGGACGUUCGUGUCUCAAACGGGGCAACCUCACCCCCACCCAACCCCACUCCCCUGCCCUCCGACCCCCUCCCUUUAUUCUGAGUGCUACGAUACAAAAUGGCCGCGUGCCUUUUUUUACCCACAAGCCCCUGCGCUUGUGGUGACGGCCAAGCAGUGAAUCCUUGGCUAGUUUUUUUUUUUGUAAUCGUCGUUUUUUUCGAACGCUGUCUGUUCACUGGUCGCAUUUUACAGACACAAAACAGCAAUGGGGAAAAUGCAGGAGUUUAGGCCUUCUUCUUCGUAACACUAAUAUAUUCAAUAGCAAGUCUUCCUCUGUUCCUUCCUUUUUUAAAAUAUAUAUAUAUAUAUGAUUUUAUUUUUUUUUUGCACAAAAUGGCAAUAGUUUAAGAGGAGGAAAAUGGGUCAAGGUGUUUGAGAGAAAUGCAAUUGUCUGUUUGUUUUGUGUUUUGUCUGUUUUAUUCAGAAGAAUGUUUCUGAACGCUUUUCAUCUAAGUCCAGUUGCCAUUCCUUGCUGGUGCCCUGCUUAGGUACAAAACAAAAGUGACAAUAAUGAAUCGA